UAUUUUCCUAACAUCUUCAGUUUCUCUUUUGUAAGCCAGAAAGCACAGGAAAAAUGAAGUCCGGAGCGUUUAUUUUGGUUGCACUUCUAUGUGCUCUAUUUCUUCUCGUUUCUUCCACUAUGGCUGUUGAUUCACCCAAGGAUGGAACAAAGGAGGACAAGGCAAAGGAACCCGAACAAUAUGGAGGUCGGUGUAGGUUUGGCUGCUGUGGUCGUUUGGGCCCCUAUGGUUGUAGUAGGUGUUGCAGAACAGAGAACGACGCGAAGGAGAACGAGGCUAAGGAACCCGAACAAUAUGGAGGUCCGUGUCGUUAUGGCUGCUGUGGUCGUCGGGGCCCCUAUGGUUGUAGUAGGUGUUGCAGAACAGCUAAUGAAGCUGAAGCAACCCAAGUAAACGCUGACAUCAAUAGCAAUGAAGGCGGUGGACAUGGUGGUGGCGGCGGCUAUGGAGGUGGUGGUGGCGGCCAUGGAGGUGGCUAUGGAGGCGGCGGCGGUGGUGGCUAUGGAGGUGGUCAUGGUGGGGGAGGUGGUCAUGGUGGUGGAGGUGGAUAUGGUGGGCACUGCAGCUACGGCUGUUGUGGUGGCUAUGGCAAAUAUUGCAGGUGCUGCUACAACCCUGAAGAAGCUCAAGCUUUGGUACAAAAUGAGAACUGAGCCAAGCCAUAAAUCAAGGAAACUUCCAUGUACAACUUAGUUUGCAUGAAUAACUACAUGGUUGAAUGUUGAUCUUAUGACAAAAAUAAAAUACUUAGUACAUGUGCUUCUGUACUUAGCACAUAUGCAAGGAAUAAAAAGUUUCAGUCAUCAUUUGAUGAUGUGAAUUUCAAGUGUCCUUCAA